AUGAAUAUCUCUGAGGGCAACGAAUGGCGUGAGAGGCCCGUACGGGAGCAGGUGGGCCGACUGCAAGGCCUCCUAGGUGAUGACAAGACCUCGGCACAAUGGCGGCAACUGGACUGCCGACUGGGGGACUGUCUUGAGGAAGCUAAACUGAGCAUGACCCGACUGGCAGAGACCACAGCUCAUGGGCUUGCUUUGUAUCUUCAGGAUGGCCAACCUAAGAUUCCUCAGCCUCGAGGGAGGUGUGUCGAACUAGCAGCAACCUCUUCGGAGGGCAUAACUAGCGAUAUAUCAGAGUCUCCUGUGUCCUCGUCUGCUGUUGAAGAGGAAACUCCUAGUGAGAGCCCUUUCAAUGCCGCAGUGUAUUCUCGCGCGCCUGAGAUUGACGAGGAUGUACUCAAACGGAUGGCGGAGAAUCGAGUAGAUGAGGUUGAGAGGGAGCUGGAGGCUUUGGCGGCAGUCCAUGAGCGGGAGCAACGGAAGGAGGAGGAAGAGGAAGAGGACUUCCCUAUUGAUGGGUUCAAGCUGGGUGUGGGGGAGGUGGAGGAAAGGUCGUCCAAGUGGGCAUGCAAGCCGCAUGAGGAAAGUGAUGAUGAGGACAGACGCAGAUGGAUAUUCACACGAACUCCCCGAGUGCAUCUAAAGGACCCCAACAGAGCGGCAGAUCGGAGCACGCAUGGCCUUGUUGGUCGCUGGACUAUCGUCGGGACUGGAUGCCACCGGUUUUCGAGUGGUGAAUUGCAGUUUGUGUCGCUGAUGUUACCAACGGCUUGUGGCCGGCUGAGGUUGGAGACGCCGAGUUGCUGCUGGUGCGGUAUAAGGCACUAUCAUAAGUUCGUACGCCCGGAGGCUCCUAAUCAGGACAACCUUAAGAAGACUAUCACGAGGGAGCUUCAGCCGAUCGCGUUUGAAAUGCAAAAUGACAAGAAUGCGGGCAACUACCUUUACGAUAAGCACUACUGGGGUUAUAUAUGUUCACCUAAGUUCGAAGGGAAGACCUAUAAAGAAAUGAAGGACAUGUUAAAGGAUCUUCUGGAGCGCUGCGAGAUGGGAGAAGGCCGGUGUCGAUUCAAGUUGGAGCCGCCAAAGCCUCCUAGAGAGCAUCCUCAUGAUGAUACCCUUCCUAAGCGUGCCCCCAGGGGCGUGCCUUCUGCAAGCGACAGUCGCCAUUAUAGGCCUGGUCGAACUGUAUUGGUCUGUGGUAUAUCUGAGGACCUCCUGGCUAAUCGCUUCACUCGCCUCGAGAGUGGUCUGCUGGCUCAGCUAGCGGCUUGUGGAAGUAUCGCUAUCACGAGGCACUCCACUCUAUCAUCAGUUCCCUCAGCGUGGACGGCUAUGCUAGCUUCUACGUUGGUGCUAUUUGGGUGCCUUCUCAUGCUGGCCAGGUUGGAUCUGUCUCCUAGACGAAUACAGUCUCCACUAUAUUCACUUUUGCUCAGUGCGGUGUACCUUCUCAGUCGGUCGAUCUGUAGUGAAAGGGCGGAGCGAUCGAUAGCAGCUUUGGUGGAGUACAUUGGAACCCCCUCGCACUGCACUACGUUGUUUUGGUGGGGUCUGGCAAUCUUGAUCGGAGUCGGGGGGACGCAGCUGACCGAGAGUGUACAUGUCUUCGGUCAAGGGUCUAGGGGUACAAUCAUUGUGAGGAAGCUCUUCCACUUGUUGGCGGUAGUGUUGUUCCAGCCGGUCGUAAUCAGCGACCCGGAGUUCCUAGGUUUCUCACAGUUCAUCGCCUUGGGCCUUUUUAUUGUCCUGGAGGCGUUAAGAGUAUACCACACCCACCUGAAGAUCGUCAAGAAACUAUCGGGGUACCUCGUGCAGUACUUGGAUGGUAAGGACCCGAGCGACGGCGGCAUCAUCUUUACUCACAUAUCCCUUCUACUGGGCUUGUCCAUUCCUGUAUGGUUCGAGCUUGGAUACUCUAGUGAGUUUUCAGUACUACGAGCAUCGGCAGGCAUCCUCUCGGUGGGGGUGGGAGAUGCGAUGGCGGCCUGUGUUGGAGUCACCGUGAGAGGACCUAAAAUUCCGGGGGCGGAGCGACGCACUAUUGCGGGCUUGAUUGGAUUUGUAGUCUCUGCGAUGGGUUAUGGUUUAGCUGUCAUGACCGGGGGCGAUUGGGCUAUGAUGUGGCGAAGGAGUGGUAUGGCAAUUUGCGCCACAGCGUUUUUGGAGUGCUAUAUCACGAGUAUUGAUAACCUCGUCCUCCCUGUUUAUAUGCUGGCGUUAUUGGCUUUCUAA